GCCUCACAAUGUCGGCCUCGUGUGGCUUUUUGUUCACCAGCGGGGCUUCGCCUCCCAUUCACUGCCCCCUUUCAAGGCGCGUCGAGAGUCCAUUGUUCCAGGAAGUCUGCGGCACGCAUGACGAGUCUGCCCAAGUGGCUGUGCAGAACAUCUGGCCGAUCGGCGGAGCCCGGCCAGAAUUCCAGACACGGCAACGCUGUUUCGAAGCCGGAUGCCACGCACUCAGUGCGGAGGUGGGGAAACAGAGUCUGUAAUGUCGGUUCUCCUCCUAUUCCUGCAGGGGAAUCCUCGACGGUGCCUCUCUAUCUUUUUCCGUACGCUGAUAAGCCGCGACAACUGGUCAGAUGGCUCGCGCAUAAUGAUCUUGAUCAAGACAACCUGUAUGAUCAUCUGAUGACCACCGUACCUUGCGUGCACCUGAGCUUAUUUGUCUCAAGCGUCGCGCUGGCCGCGCCAAAUAUUUGGUUGGAAGCUUGUGUUGGAGGUGUGGCGAUUGAAAUGUGGCGGAUGUGUGGCUGAGAUGCCCCGAAACCCCGCGCUAACAGAGUCGCGCCUUU